AUGCGUAACUGGACUCUCUGGUUCGGCCCGCUCGCCGCUGCGGCGAUGGGCGUUUUCGUGAAGUCGCAGGGCCUGCCGGCGGAGGCGGCUUGGACCGCCGGGGUUGCCCUGUUGUGCGCGGUCUGGUGGGUGUCUCAGCCGAUCCCGAUCCCCGUGACAUCGCUCGUGCCGAUUGCGGUGCUGCCGACGGUUGGCGUCCUCUCGGCGAAGGAAGUGGGCGAAGCGUACGGCGAUCCGAUGGUGCUGCUGUUCCUAGGCGGCUUCAUCCUCUCGAUGGCGAUGGAGCGUAGCGGCGCGCACCGGCGCCUAGCGAUCGGCAUGAUCCGGCUCUGCGCACUGGGGCCAAAGGCGUUGUGGGCGCGACCAACAGCCGACGCACCGGCGCCCGUCAUCAGCGGCAGGCGGAUGGUGAUGGGCUUCAUGCUCGCCGCGGGGGUCGUCAGCAUGGGGGUUUCUAACUCGGCGACGACGUUGAUGCUUCUGCCGAUCGCGAUCGCGGCGUUGGAGGGCGUCACCGACCGGCGUGUUCGCAACGCGUUGCUGCUGAGCAUCGCGUAUGGCGCGAGCAUCGGCGGCGUCGCCACGCCGAUCGGUUCGCCGCCGAACCUGAUCGCGAUGCAGGUUUACAGCGACACCACCGGAGAUCACCUCACCUUCACCCAGUGGAUGUCGUUCGGCCUGCCGAUCGCUGCGGUCAUGAUGCCAAUCGCGGCGUUCUGGCUGUCGCGGGGGCAGGGGCGGCCGCUGGCGAACGACUUGCCCGACCCCGGCCCUUGGCGAGCCGCGGAGCGUCGGACGCUUGCCGUCUUUGCGGUUACCGCGGUGCUGUGGAUCACCAGGCAAGAGCCGCUGGGCGGCUGGAGCGGCUUGUUGGGGCUCGAAGGCGCGAACGAUGCGUGCGUCGGUCUGUUGGCGGCGAUCGCGCUGUUCUUGAUACCCUCGGGCGAGCCUACACUCGAGGGAGAUCAGCCGGCGCCGAAGCUGCUCGACUGGGCGGCCGCUUCGAAGCUGCCCUGGGGCAUGCUGCUACUCUUCAGCGGUGGGCUCGUGCUAGCGAAGGCGUUCACGGCGUCGGGGCUCAGCGGCGCCGUUGGCGAGUCGCUCAACGUCCUGGCGGCGUUGCCGACGCCGCUGCUGGUGGCCGCCAUUUGCCUGAUGGUGACGUUCCUCACGGAGAUCACCAGCAACACGGCCACAACGGCGAUGCUAAUGCCGCUCUUGGCCGCGAUGUCACAAUCGACAGGCAUCGAGCCGAAGCUGCUGAUGUUCCCGGCAGCGGUGAGCGCGAGUUUCGCGUUCAUGCUUCCCGUGGCGACCCCCCCGAACGCGGCGGUCUACGGCGCCGGCGUCGAGACCCGGGACAUGGCCCGCGAAGGGCUGGCGCUGAACCUCGUCGGCGCGGUGGUCAUCACGGGGCUGAAUUGCGUCAUGCCGGUCGCUAUGGAGCUGUCGCGGAUCAUCAUCUCGGAGAUCAACGACCAGCAGGUCGUCUACCUCAAGGAAGUCGAUGGGCCGCGGACCUUCCCGAUCUUGAUCGGCUACUUCGAGGCUAGCAGCAUCGACCGCCACGUCCGCCAUGUCGAGACGACGCGACCGUUGACGCACGACCUGCUCGUGGCGGUGAUCGAGGAGCUCGGCGGUGAUCUGCAGGACGUCGUGAUCACUGAGCUACGCGACCACGUCUACUACGCGCGUUUGCGCGUGCGGCAAGAAGGCGAACUCUUGGAGAUCGACGCCCGCCCGAGCGACGCGAUCGCCGUAGCAAUGACCUGCGACCCGGGGAGUGAAGGCAACACGCCUACGAUGCAAGCCGUUCUUUAUCAUGCGUUUGGGGCGAUGCCCGAGUUGGCGACGGUUGCUGAUCCGGCGCCGGCGGAUGACGGCGUGGUGAUACGCGUUGAGGCUACCGGGCUUUGUCGCAGCGACUGGCACGGGUGGCGCGGGCAUGAUCCGGAUAUCCGCACGUUGCCGCACGUGCCGGGGCAUGAGCUGGCGGGCGUCGUCGUUGAGGUCGGCAAGGACGUCCGCAAGUGGCGUGGCGGCGAGCGCGUCACCGUGCCGUUUGUCGGCGGCUGCGGCAAGUGCGAUACCUGCGCGCGGGGCGAUCAGCACGUUUGCCCGCAGCAGUUUCAGCCUGGCUUCUCCGGCUGGGGGUCGUACGCCGAGCUCGUCGCGGUGCGCUACGCCGACGUGAACCUGCUGGCGCUGCCCGAGGGGAUGACGAGCAUUGUUGCGGCGAGCCUCGGUUGCCGAUUGGCGACGGCGUACCGUGCCGUCGCGAUCCAGGCGGCGCCGAAGCCGGGCGACUGGGUUGCGGUGCACGGGUGCGGCGGCGUUGGCUUGUCGGCCGUGAUGACGGCCGCGGCGCUCGGCGCUCGGCCAAUCGCCGUUGAUAUUCGUCCCGAGCCCUUGGAGCUCGCCAAAGAGUUCGGCGCGGUGGCGACGAUCGAUGCGUCGAAAACGCCCGACGUGGGGGCGGCGAUUAUCGAUCUGACGAAUGGCGGCGCCGACUCUUCGCUUGAUGCGCUCGGCAGCCGGGCGACGUUCGCCAACUCGCUGGCGUGCCUCCGCCGCCGCGGACGCCAUGUGCAGGUGGGGUUGCUCGUGGGGGAUGACGCCGACCCCCGCGUUGCGAUGGGGCGUGUGCUCGGCUGGGAACUCGAGAUCGUCGGCAGCCACGGCCUACAGGCCCAUCUGUACGCGCCGCUCUUCGACCUCGUGUCAAAGGGCAAGAUCGACCCGCUGCGGCUGGUGGACCGGACAAUCCCCCUCGCCGAAGCCCCCGCGGCCUUGGCGGAGUUGGGUGACUAUCGCGGGGCGGGGAUGACGAUUAUUGAUCUAGAGGCGACGCCUCCGCUCACGGACAGCUUCGACACGCUCCUGCUACCGAACUAG